AUGGCACGGCAGCGGCAGCCAAACUUUACCAAGGGUGCCUAUGUCACUGAAAGGGCAAAGGCAAAGCGACAUGGACGCAUUAUCAAGGUCGAUCGAACUGAUGAGAAAAAGCAUCAAUGGAUUGUUCGAUUCCAACAAAUGGAUGGUACCACCGUGGACGAACCCAAGUCUUCCGGCCAGCUCACCAGAAACAAAGACCAAGAUGGACCUUUCAUCGAGAUGCCAGCACCGGAGCAACAACAACCAGCACCGGAGCCAGAGCCGGAGCCAGAGCCGGAGCCAGAGCCGGAGCCAGAGCCGUUGGCUGCGUCGCCUGCCCGGAGACCAAAGCGGAAAGCAGCUUUGAAUCACAAAGUUUGCAAAACACCAGCUCCUAUCUUGCGUUCGUUGUCUCUUUCCUCUGCUUCUCACUCAUCUGUCGGGGGAAAAUCCGAUUCAUCUUCCGAGGUAGAAUUCGAUGCCGAUUCAUCUUCCGAGGAGAGAUCAUCCGAGGACGAACGAGCCGAAGACGAAGACGACAACGACUUGCCUCGCUUCUAUGAUUGGACCAAACACCAACCACCAGCCGAAACAACAGACGGGGACCAAGCCUUCGAUGCCAUCCCCAACGAACUCACCGAGGACAUCGAACCUGUAGAUGAACGCGACUUUGAGCGGGAGGACGAACAUCGUCGGAAGACGGAGAUCUACAAGGCCGAGAAACAGGCCCUACUUGACGAGAAGUGGACCGUCUCUCUUGAGCCAGUCAAGCCACCUUUCAAGCCGGGCGCAAUUAGGGCUGAAGACAACAUCAAGUGGGUAGUUCAAUUUGAAAACACUGGAACAAAGGAGAUCCUUUCCCAUCAGUUGCUGAUCCAAGUGUGGGAAGCUGAUCCUUACGUCUGGGAAGUUGUUGCUGACUCGGACCCUCCUCAAACUCCACAGGAGUACGCGCAGGUUGGUCUCGUUGGUUUCGACUUCAAGUGCUUUGAUCCAGAGCGGAACGCCAAGAACAGUACGGCCUACGAGUAUCCUUACCUCAAGUUGAUGAAAACGCUGUGGCCGGGAGACCCAAGGGUGCAGCUGCGUCGAUUGAACGAACAAAUUGAUUGUGUCAACGAGAAAGCCAAAUCAAACAAGAGCGGAAAGAAAAGGAAGGUGAUCAAACAAGUGUCAGAGAAUGAGUGGUGGAAAUUCAUUGGCAUCCUGGUCUCUGCCGCGGCUCAAAAGCUUGGUGGCCAUUCUCUCUGGGAGAAGGAGUCGCACAGAAACGACUGGACAAUUACUGAGCCCAUAAACUACGGCGUUAAUGGCAAAGAGUACAUGUCGCAACAACGAUUCAAGGACAUCAAAUCCGUCUUCCCUUUUGCGUUCGCUGACACCAUCGCAAAGGAGAAAGGCGAUCCAUGGUAUAUGAUCAGGGGAAUGGUGGAUGGAUUCAAUGAGAACCGAAACAGAUUGAUUGCUGCUUCAAUUAUCAAGGUGAUGGAUGAGACAAUGAGUGCAUUCAGGCCGCAAACAACUGCCUAUGGAAAUAUUCCUCACCUCUCUUACGUCCAACGCAAACCGGAGCCGCUUGGAACCGAGUUCAAGACUGUGGGAUGCUCCAAGACUGGCGUCAUCAUUCACUGUGAAAUUCAGGAGGGAGCAGAAGCCAUGAAGAAGAAAGAACAUGCGGAGCUUGGUGGAACUGCAGCUUGUACGAUUCGGAUGGCUGAAGCCUCGAGCUACUGUGGCAGCAGCUUCCAAUCUCGAAAGGAAGCAAGACAAGAUGGUCGUUCAGAGUUCUUUAAAGCUGAUCUGAUUUUCAACGACAUGUCGGACAAGGCACCAAGCAACGAUGGCUACCUUAAUCUCGCUGUUUCGACCGAUUGCCCACUCGACCAGAUCCAUGUCGGAAGGAACGAAGUGUUGUCUCCCGUCACAGUCGCAACAAUCGACACGAUAGAGGAUCAACAUAUCUUUGGAGACAACUCUGACUGCGAGGAGGACAGUGGACGCCCAAAGAGAAGAACUUGCCGUGCAGAUGGUUGUAAGAAGAAGACUCAAAAACGAUGCGAGCACCCCGCGUGCCGUGGCAUCUCCUACAAUGCGAAUGGAGCGGCCAAGAAAGGAGUGUUCUAUUGCGAGUCGCACUGGAACAUGCACUACAAAGAGAUUGCUCGUGCCAUGGAAUUUUCGGCUCGGAAAUAG